GCAGCCGCCGCAGUCCCAGAGUCGCUCCCAACCCUCCCCCCCUCCCGCAACCCGCUCGCAUCCGCAAAGCUGCCCGCGCUGCACGCCCGUCUCAACCUGCACCCCAACUACCCACUGCAGACGCUAGCCCGCACGCUGAUCGACAGCACGGCAGACUCGGACGCCCGGUUCACGAACGCGCACCUCAACACGUUGGGCAACACGUUGACGGGGUACCUCGCGAGCGAGUACCUGAUGGUAUCGUACCCGCGGCUGCCGACCGAGGUCCUCUACGCCGCUGUCGGCGCCUACGUCGGUAAUCCCGCGCUCGCCUCGCUCGGCCGCGAGUGGGGUGUCGAGCACGCCUUCGAGCCGACGGCGGACGUGGACGCCGGCCUGCUGCAGUUCCGAAGGCUGGCGCCGGGCGCGAAGCCGCCGACAAAGAGCUAUAGGAAGAAGGGCGAGAAGAAGGAGAGUCCUGAGGAGCUGGAGGAGCGCCAGAGACAGAGGGGGACAACCCUCGAGACCGCACUGGCGAAUCAUGUGCGCUCCGUGUUUGCCGGUGUCUACCUCCAUGAGGGAUUUGCGGCCGCAAGACAGUUCUUUCGCCAGCAUGUCCUCUCCCGCAGGCUCGACGUUGACAAGCUGUUUGACUUCUCGCAGCCGACGCGGGAGUUGAGUAGGCUGUGUGCGCGCGAGGGGUUCGAGCCCCCGGUUGCCAGGAUCAUGUCUGAGACGGGUAGGAGGUCGAGACAUCCCGUCUUUGUGGUUGGCGUGUUUUCCGGCACCGAGAUGAUGGGUGAGGGCCAUGGUGGUUCCCUCGAUGAGGCCAGGAUCCGUGCUGCCGUCAAUGCCCUGAAAGGAUGGUACCUCUACUCGCCGCUCGUCAAGGAUCUGCCGAGUAAGACGGAGGAGCGGAGCGAUGCCGUUUUCAAACCGGCAUAUAUUGAUCCGGGGGAAGUCAUUGUUUAG